AUGGAGCAACAUGACGGUGGCGUGGGUUUUACCCCCCAGCCUGCGAUCUUCGCCUGGCUGCAGGAUCACAAGAUCCCGGAGGAGAUGCGUGAUGCCUUCACUCCCUUCACGCCUGAGGAUUUUGGCAUGGUUGCGACUAGCCUGGAGUCAUUGGAUAAAUGGAUGGACAACCUGUUGUGGCCAGUGGAGGCCAAUGAGGCUGUGCUGAAGGCACGCGUGCGGUACCCAUCCGAGUCACUUGCGCCGGAUGUCAUGCCGAGCGCCAGACUGCUCGCGCUAGUGGCUAAACAGCUGCAAGAUCGCUCCAUCAAGUGUGUGCCAUGGAAGUGGCGAAUGUCAGAGGAACAACAGGAUCACAUGGCCAUGCUGAGGCCAUCCAAAGUGCCUAAACUCGAGUCUUUGCUCUUUGAUGACAUCCCUGAGCGUGAAAUUCCCACCAGCAAUGUGGGAAAGUGUUACAUGCAAGAAAUCUUGGGCUUGCUGGCUACGGCCAUUGCAUUGUGUGAGGGAGCGCACUUGCAUACAUUGAAAGACAUGAAUCGUCGGUCUGUGCAGCGUUGCUUUGACCGUUUCCCACAGGAACCAG